AUGUUUGCCAUGCUGCGUGAGAGGCGCGAGGAAGCCCUCAAGCACAUCUCGGAUUACAAUCCCUUCGUUAAUCGCACUACUAAAACUUCGCUCUUAGAAAAAGUCAAACUUGUGGUGGGUGGCUGCACGGUGUUGCCUCUGCGCUGCUUGGGCCUGGGUCCCUUGUUGCUGGGCCUGUACGGCCUCACCAGUCUCUCCAUCAUCGGCCUGUCGGAUGAGAAGCUGAAGGAGAAGCCACUCACAUCCUGGCGCAAGGGCGUGCUCUACCCGACCGUGAAGUACGGCUCGCGCGUGCUGCUCUUCCUGCUCGGGUACCAGUGGGUCAAGACCAAGGGCGAGGCCUCCGCCGAGGCCCCGAUCGUCAUCUCCAACCACCCCUCCUGGUUCGAGCACCUAUGGUUGCUGCACGUGUAUGUGCCCAGCGUUGUGGGAAAGGAAGACGUCAAGAAAGUGCCUCUCUACGGCACCUACGCCAAGGCGAUUCAAACGAUCUUUGUGAAGCGCAGCUCGCCUGAAUCGCGAAAGGAGGCGGCCGAGGAAAUCUACGAGCGAGUGUCGACGCGCUACGAGAGGCUGAAGCAGCGCAGCAAGAAGGACGCCGACGCCGACGACCUGCAGCGGCAGCGAUACGAAGAGCGCGCGAGCAACAAGCGGGCGAAGAAGGCGGCCAAGCAGCAGCAGCGAAAGCAGAAAUCCAAGGCCAGCCCGCAGGACGACAAUGGGCUGAUGGGCGACGAAGAAGAGGAGCAGGAACAGCAUGUCGACAUUUCGCCCGACGGAACACCGAGGGAGGAAGAGAACGGCGUCGACCACGACGGCGGCAAGAAGAAGAAGAAGAAGAAGGGAAAGAAGAGGAGGAAAGCGAGCAGGACCGACAAAGGCGUGUGGCCUCCGCUGUUCCUCUUUGCCGAGGGCGGCAACUCGUCGGCGCAGGGUUUCAUCUCCUUCAAGCUGGGCGCCUUCAACCCUGGUGUUCCAAUUCAGCCGGUGGCCGUGACGCUUCCCUACAAGCACCACGAUGUGUCCCCGGCUCCCGGCACCAAGAAGUUCUCGCUCCUCGUGCGAACUCUGUGCCAGUUUCACAACAAGAUGAACGUCACCUACCUGCCCGUCUACUAUCCGAGCGAAGAGGAGCAGAACGACCCCAAGCUCUACGCCCGAAAUGUGCGACAAGCCAUGGCCGAUGAGUUGGCCACUUCUGGGAUUCAGGCGACCGAACACUCCUACGAGGACGUCAUCCUGUUGCACCACGCGCUGCGAAGAAGAUAUCCCCACGAGAAGGUGCUUUUGGAGACGCGCAAGCUGCUCGACCAUUUCGAGAUACUCGAGCUCAACAAGAACACGCUCACCCGCUGCCUCGACAAGUUCAUUGCGAUGGACACAGACCGUUCGGGCGAGGUCUCCUUCCAGGAGUUCUGCAGUGUGUUGUACCUGCCCGAUGCCGACAUCACGUCGCGCCUCUUUGCCUUCCUGGACAUCGACGGCGACGGCCGCAUCAACUUUCGAGAGUACAUCACCGGUAUGGCAACGCUCUGGAAGGUCCUCAAGCCUCGCGCCCUGACCGACGUCUUCGCGCUCUUUGCCGGCGAAGGAGGAGACCACUUCACCCUGAGCCACGCAAGGGAGACGUUGAGGGGCCUCUUCGAGUGCCUCACCGACGAACAGAUCGACGGCAUCUUGUCGAAGGUGGGCGACCUCAAGACCCCCGACACCAUGACCUUCGACGAGUUCGAGGCGUGGGCGAAGGACAACCCCGAAUACAUCCAUCUGCUUUUGACCACAGACCAGAUGGCGGCGGCGGCGAGGCGGCGAGGGAGCGCUGCAGCGACGGCAGGGCUCGCAGGGGAGGAGGAGGAGGACCAGAAGAAGAAGAGCAAGGGCAAGCAGAAGGCCGACGUUAAGGACGACGAUGAUGACGAUGAUGAUGGUGUCAACAACGACGACUACGGCCUGAGGGAGAUCCAAAUCGAGAGCGGCUCGAGUUCUGGGAGCGGCAGCGAAGAAGAAGAAGAAGAACUCCAAACGCUGCAGAAGGCACCGAAGAAGUCGGACAAGAAGAAGAAGAAGGCGAAGAAGCAAAAGAAGGGGAAGAAGCUGGACGAGAAGCAAACGAAGAAGCCGAAGACGAAGAAGAGGAAGAACAAACAGAGGAUAGCAUCGGACACGGAGCUGGCUACCAACGGCACGAGCUAA